AUGGAGCCGUUUCCCAGGGUUGCCAUGGCAAUCCAGCAGGAUCACCCUGCUCCCACAGCCUCGCUGCCCGUGUGCCCGGCGUGGGCGCCGCACGCCCAGCACACCGGCUGGGCGCCCAAGGGCCCCGCGCCCGGCGCCCGCGCCCAGGCGCCCAAGGAGCCCGAGCAGUGCCCGGUCAUCGACAGCCAGGGCGCGGGGCCGGCCGGCACGCUGGACCUCGUGGGCAGCCUGCCCGUGGAGGAGCGCUCGCUGGAGCAGGUGCAGAGCCUCGUGCUCGGCGAGGUGCUCAAGGACAUCGAGACGGCCUGCAAGCUGCUCAACAUCGCCGCAGACCCGGCCGACUGGAGCCCCGGCAACGUGCAGAAGUGGAUCCUGUGGACGGAGCACCAGUACCGGCUGCCGCAGCUGGGCAAGUCGUUCCAGGAGCUGUCGGGCAGGGAGCUGUGCGCCAUGUCGGAGCAGCAGUUCUGCGAGCGCUCGCCCGCCUGCGGCGACGUGCUGCACGCCCACCUCGACAUCUGGAAAUCGGCCGCCUGGAUGAAGGAGAAAGCGGCGCCAGGCGCCGGGCGAUACUGCGCGGGUGACGGUGCCUGGACGGACAGCGAGGUGGACUCGUCCUGCGCCGGGCAGCCCAUCCACCUCUGGCAGUUCCUCAAGGAGCUGCUGCUGAAACCGCACAACUACGGGCGCUUCAUCCGCUGGCUCAACAAGGAGAAAGGCAUCUUCAAGAUCGAGGACUCGGCGCAGGUGGCCCGGCUCUGGGGCAUCCGCAAGAACCGCCCGGCCAUGAACUACGACAAGCUGAGCCGCUCCAUCCGGCAGUAUUACAAGAAGGGCAUCAUCCGCAAGCCCGACAUCUCCCAGCGCCUCGUCUACCAGUUUGUGCACCCGCUGUGA